GCCGCUCCCCCACCGCCUCCCGGGCGGGGAUGCUGCGUCUGGGCUGCGGGUUGAAGCAGCUUCUGGCAGGACCGGGAGCUCCGCCCUCCGCUCGGGUCUGUUCUGGCGCCGAUAUGCCUAAGAAGGCUAGCGCGACGAGCAAGGCCAGUGGCAAGUCCCGUGGCGACAGGAGGGGUAAAUGCCAGAGCAAUGAACCAGAGAGACCACUUCCUCCCUUAGCUCCUGUGGCAGUUGAUCCAAAAGGUUGUGUCACCAUAGCCAUCCAUGCCAAACCUGGCUCCAAACAGAACGCUGUAACAGAUUUGACAGCAGAAGCCGUAAAUGUAGCCAUUGCAGCACCUCCAUCAGAGGGGGAGGCUAAUGCUGAACUCUGCCGGUAUCUUUCUAAGAUCUUAGAACUCAGGAAGAGUGAUGUGGUUUUGGAUAAGGGUGGUAAGUCUCGUGAAAAGGUGGUGAAAGUUUUAGCCUCCACAACUCCAGAAGAGAUCUUGGAGAAGUUAAAAAGGGAAGCUGGAAAGAAAUAAAAGCAAGAAAAUGAAAAAAAUGCAUCAUUGGGAAGCUUUUUUUAUUGCAAAUGAUGAAGAGUCUGUUAAAUAGGAAAACCUAUUUAAGUGCACAGAAAAACACGGGAGUGUAUGUGUAUGUAUGUACACAUGUAUUUUUAAAUAAGAUUCAAAAAAUUUUUUGAAUGAAUAUAGGUUCUAAAAUCCCUGUCUACAAACAGCCUAGAACAUAUUGCUUUGAUUUCAUGGCAUUACAGAAUAACAGCUGGAAAGGCUAUUUAAGAUGACAUGAUUUAACACCUUUCAUUCUGUGAUGGGGCUUCUGAUACCCAGAAGUUGAGAUUAUUCAUACCAUGCAAGAUGGCAACCUUGUCAAAUACAGUUUACCCUGACUGUAAAUAAAAAUGAUAGUAUCUCCACAGCAGUUCUGGAAUUCUGGGGAUUGUCUUCUAAUCCAGUUUACAAAUGUGAGAGAAAAACCUGUCACACUACUUUGUAGUCUUACCUUAUAUAUUAAGGUACUUUCAAAAAUAUCUUUUACCUCUUUCAAAGACCACAUUGAAGCAUUUUGUGAAAAAAGAAUAAUAAUCAAGACUUGUAAUUUAAUAUGAAUUAUAAUUUUUGAGAUAUCACUGAAUUUUCUUCUUUCUUGAUAAUUUGCAGUCAUCAAAUCUGGUAGUUCUUAUGAGUCUCCAAAGAUCAUUAAAAAAAGAAAGAGGACCUAGAAGCUACUUUGACUAUUUGUAAAAGCCUGUCAGAACUCGCAUUUAUGUUAAAGUUACAAAGAAUAAUAAUAAAUUUUUACAUAUU